AUGACCUCACUAUCUGCUGUCAUUGUUCGACCGGACCCAGAUGCCGGACUGUCCGAAUCCGAAAGAGCUGCCGUGGACCGCAAAUUGGUCCGUCGCCUAGACCUCGUCCUCCUGCCGUGGCUCUGUUUCCUCUACCUUCUUGCCUUUUUGGACCGCACCAACAUUGGAAAUGCCAAGAUUGACAACAUGACGAACGAUAUUAUCAUGUCUAACCUCGGUUACAGUGCUGCGUUGAUGAUCUUUUUUGUGGCAUACUCGGCUUUCGAGCCCGUUGCAAAUGUUCUGCUCAAGCGGAUGCGUCCCUCAAUAUUCUUGCCCCUGAUCAUGGUCGGCUGGGGUGGUUGCAUGACCGCCAUGGGCCUUGUGAAGAACUGGAGCGGGCUCAUGGCAGCUCGAUUCUUCUUGGGCGUUUUUGAGUCGGGGUUGUUUCCCGGUGUCAAUUACUUCAUCUCCUGUUGGUACCGGCGGGAUGAGUUUGCCCUACGUGCUGCGCUUUUCUUUUCAUUCGCCGCCCUCGCCGGGUCGUUUGGCGGUCUCCUCGCGGCGGCGAUUUCAACGAUGGACGGUAUCGGCGGCUUCGCUGGCUGGCGCUGGAUCUUCAUCCUCGAAGGCGCCCUCACCAUUGUUGUUGCCAUCGCCUCAUUUUGGAUGGUGCAGGACUUUCCUGACACGGCAGAGUUUCUCUCGGAAGCCGAUCAAGAGCGCGUCCUCCGCAGGCUGGACCGGGACAAGCAAAGCUCGGCCCAUCACGAAAACUUCAAGAUGCUCUACGUUUGGCAAGCCCUCAAGGACACGAAGACCUACCUUGCUAUGGUGGUGUACAUGGGCCCCAUGAUGCCGCUUUAUAGUCUCAGUCUGUUCCUCCCUACAAUUAUCUCGAACCUAUCAUUUACCGACCCUUCCCAGAUCAUCAAGAACCAGCUGCUCAGCGUCCCACCUUAUGCUGUUGCAGCUUUGGUGACUAUUGUGGUCAGCGUGUUCAGCGAUAGACACCGCAAACGCGGUAUUUACAACAUGGGCCUCGCCUGCGUUGGCAUCUCUGGCUUCAUCCUCCUCGUUGCCUCCUCCAAUCCAAUUGUUCAGUACCUGGGGGCCUUUUUUGGCGCUGUCGGCAUCUAUGCUAGCAUACCACUCACCAUUGCGUGGGUGGCCAACAACACGGAGGGAUCCUACAAACGCGGCAUUGUUUUGGGAUUGGUGAUCGGGUGGGGAAACCUCAACGGACUUGUAUCUUGUAAUCUGUGGUUCGGUGCUCCACGUUUCCUUGCCGGCCACAUUACCGUGAUCGCGUAUAUGGCACUGUUUCUGGGUGGUGGAAGCUACAUACUCUGCCGGUAUUUGUACUUUCAGAAUCUCGACCGAAAGCAGGGACUCCUUGAUCAUCGCCUGACGGGUUUGACGAAGGCGGAGAUUGGGGAUUUGGGUGACGCCAACCCGGAGUUCCUUUACACCUUGUAG